AUGGCAGAGGGCUGCAACGGGGGCGGCAGCGUGGUCUACGAGCGCGUCCGCACCUACAGCAGCCCCGGCGGGAAGCGGGUGCAACUGCUGGACGCGCCCAACGGUUGCUCCCCCCGGGCGCUCUCGCCCUUCGACGCCAGCCCGGGCUACCAGCACGUGAUCUGGAGCAGCGACCCCCCCAUGCAGGAAGUGCCGUCUCCAGCGUUGAAAUUGUCUCCUUAUUCCCAGGGCAGCGUGCGAAGGAUUAUCUUGGAGAAUCCUGAGAAGGAGCCUCUGUCUCCACUCCUGAGAGGAGGGAAUAAUGUGAUCUAUGAAAAGACAAUAAGGAAAUAUGAGCUACUAAAUCCAGAUGAGGAAGUGCCGUCUCCAGCGUUGAAAUUGUCUCCUUAUUCCCAGGGCAGCGUGCGAAGGAUUAUCUUGGAGAAUCCUGAGAAGGAGCCUCUGUCUCCACUCCUGAGAGGAGGGAAUAAUGUGAUCUAUGAAAAGACAAUAAGGAAAUAUGAGCUGCUAAAUCCAGAUGAGGAGAAGCAGUACCAGUACCUGCAACAAAGCCAGACUGACCAAUGCCAAGUCAGCCAGCCAGUGGAACGAGUCCAGGUGAUUCAGCAAGGCCAACGCACAACCAAUGCCUGUAACUCCACUCCUGUCUAUGUCAAUGAUGUUGGAAAGAGCAGCAUUAAUAAAGUUAUCAUACAGACACGUGAACCGGUGAAGUACAUCCAGGAGACAAAUGACCAGCUGGACUGCCGAUACUUUGGGGAGCUCCUAGCAGAGCUGCACCGCAAGAGCAACGACCUGCACAGCUGUUUGCUCCAGCAUGUUGAGAAGCUGGGCGGAAGAAGAUGCGAUCUGGAAUCCCUGAAUGAUGCAGAGGAUAUUGAGAGUUUGAUUCCUAAAGGGCUUUCGGAGUCGACAAAACAACAGAUACGUUACCUUCUGGAGAUGAGAGCAACAGCUGAUAAGUCCAUGCGACUUGUCCUUACCACCUUCAGCAACCUUCGGGAAGAGCUCGUCCAUCUGCAGGAUGACUUAGGGAAACUGGAAAUGGACAAGAUGCUGCUUGAGAAAGAUCUGUCUUUCAAGGAAGCUCAAGUAAAAGAAUAUGAGACGCUUUUGGCAUCUGUGCGUGAGAAUAAUCGUCAACAGCAGCAAGCUCUCCGUGAAUACACCCUGAAGUGUCGUUCCCUGGAAGAACAACUGCUGUCUCUCCGUCACAACGACAGCGAGCGGGAAUUCCGCCUGAAAGACCUGGAAUACAGCAAACGAGCCUUGGAGCAGGAAAUUCAGAACUUGAGACUCCAGACUUCCACCAAUCCUCUGGGCCAGACCACCACAGAUGAACUGUCCAGCCGCUACGUAGAGAUGAUCAACCAACUCAGAGACGAUAAAGACCGGGAGAUCCGCACUCUGCGGUGCACGUUGUCCGAAUUCCAGAAGGAUUUCUCAAGAAAGCAAGGGACUGACACUGACCUGCAGAUAAGACUGCAAGACUUGAUUCUGAAGCUGGAGGAGAGAGAGGCCUGCAUCAAACGGCAGGAAGAGGAAAUCUUCAGAUUGAGGCAAGAAAAAUUAGCCAUCAAUCCAUCCCAAGGAAUCACAAAGACCAUCAUCACAAAAAAAUACAGGAAUCAUUACCCCAUCCUUGGCCUCUUAUCCGAUGACUACAAAGCCCCAUCACCUGGUGGGGAAACACAGACUAUCGUGAUUGAAAAAACUGGAGAAACAUGGAAGGAAUCGUUUACUUCUGAUUAAAGACCUGCUGGCGUCUUUCAAGCAGGUCUGCUGAACAAAGUUGUGGCUGGUUAGAUGAGUCUGCGUCCAAAUGAAUAUUGUUGCGUUAUUGUUUUGCUUGCCCACCCCCUUCAUGUAAUGCUGGAAGUCUCGAUAUAAUUCUGGAUCAGUCAGGGUUGGAAAUAAUUGUUAAAAGCACACACUACCAAAUGCAGCAUUUGAAGAAGUUCUUCGCCCCAGUUGGUUUCUACUUUCAAGCUUGACUGGUCAACUGAAGAAAUGUAUGGAUAUGUGGGCCAGGAAGGGAUCUGGGCUGGGGAAUUAAGAAAACACAUGUGUGCUGGCCAAGCUUCUGUCUUCUCCCUUUUUUACUCCAAAGAUCUGAGAAACUAUAUCCAAUACCUACCUGAUUUAGAGAUGCAGAGAUCAAUAAUUACUGAAUAAAUGUUUUUUCUUCAUUGGGAACAUUCAGCCCAGUACCAAUAUUAUAUCUAGGAAUGCUGCUUCCAACACAGCCUGUUAACGAAAGCAGUCGAGAGUUAUUUGACAAGUAUACUUUUCUUUAAUAUGUAUUUUCUCACUAGCAGUUUUCUGUUCUUUUGGAACGAGAUGGAGUUAGUAACUUUAGUUGAAGUACUUAAUUGGUAGUACUUGGGUGUAGGGUUAGUUUUUUUUGAUAUUGUUGUAGUUACUCUGUGAUGUGGUGGGUCAAAUCUUGAACAGACAUGUUUGGACUUAAAAAUGGUAAUUUGUUGUUCUAUCCUUUGAUUUGUGCCAUGAAGCUAAAAUCUAAGAUGUGGAGAAGGAGGAAUGGAAGGAGAAUUGAUUAGAAAGCAAUUUUGCUAGUGCAGUUGGUUAAGAUUUGUGUGUUGUUCAGAGAAAAUUAGAUAAUGCUUAUGGACCUCUUCAGCAUGAAGCUGAAAAUUGAUUUUGAGAUUGGAAAAUUGUGCUUGUAUGAGUGCAGAGACGGAUAUGAUGGUGGAUUCACACCAUCACAAGCAAAGUUGGUUGAACUUGUACUGCACUGCCUUCCAUCUAGUGCUGGGGAAGACGGCACCUCCCACUCAGAAAGACAAGGAGAGAUGGAGAAUAGAUGACACAUUUGUAGGAGAGAUGUCUUAGAUUCUGCUGUGCAUAGAUGCGACGUGCUUGCUUAUUCUUGGUGGCUUGUAGAGUCAACUAACUGAUAAAGGAUACUAUUUGUAG